AAAGCAGACAAUGAAGACAAAGCUUCUCUCUCUCUCUCUCUCUCUCUCUCUCUCUCUCUCUCUCUUCAUCUCUCACUGAUUUAAUUUGGAAUUUCUGCAAUUUGUGUGUUUCUUCGGAUGAUUUCUUCUUAAUCUGAAAAAAGUUUUGAAGAUCUUUCAAUUAUUUUUAGCGAUGAAAUCAUCGACUCGGCUUGACUCAGUUGCUUUUCAGCUCACUCCCACUCGAACCCGGUGUGAUUUGUUGGUAACAGCUAAUGGAAAGACUGAGAAAAUAGCUACAGGGUUGCUUGAUCCAUUUCUUGCCCACUUAAAGACUGCAAAAGAUCAAUUGGAAAAAGGUGGCUACUCGAUUAUUCUCAAGCCUGAAGCUAGUGACAAUGCAGCUUGGUUUACUAAAGGAACAAUUGAAAGGUUUGUUCGAUUUGUGAGCACUCCGGAAGUCAUAGAACGUGUUUACACUUUAGAAACUGAGAUCAUACAGAUUAAGGAAGCCAUUGGUAUUCAGAACAACUCUGAAAUGGCAUUGACUGUUGUGAGAGACGAUCAACGAGCAAAAAAAGCAGAUAGUACAGAAGGUAGCAGGCCUUUGCUACAGCUCAACGAGGAGAAAGCUAUUGUCCUUUACGAGCCUGAUUCACAUCCAAAGCAAGCAAAUCGGUCUACCUCAUCAGAUGAAAACUCUAAAGCUCAAGUUAUGAAAGUUCUGGAGACACGGAAGAUAAUGUUGCAAAAAGAACAAGGAAUGGCCUUUGCACGUGCUGUGGCAGCUGGUUUUGAGGCUGAUGAUAUGAUUCCUCUAAUAACUUUCGCCAAAACUUUUGGAGCCACUCGUUUGAUGGAUGCAUGUUUGAAAUUCAUGGACUUGUGGAAGAAAAAGCACGAAACUGGCCAGUGGGUUGAAAUUGAAGCAACAGAAGUAAUGGCAACACAGCCAAACAUCUCUGCAAUGAACGACUCAGGGAUUAUGUUCGCAAAUGCUGCUAAUAUGCCCGGAACACCUGAAAAUAGUGAUGCGAAGUCUCCUUCAGAUAAUAAACCAAAUGGAAAUCAAGAAUAUGUGCAAGGGCAGCAUCCACAGCCGAUGUAUGCACCCUGGCCAGUUCACUCUCCACCGGGUACCUUUCCUGUAUUUCAAGGAUAUACGAUGCAGGGCAUGCCGUACUACCCGGGCUAUCCAGGAGCUAGUCCAUAUCCAUCUCCCUAUCCAUCUACCGAUGAUUCUAGACGUAGUUCUGGCCAAAGAAAGGCUCGGAAACAUCAUUCAUCUUGUAGCGAGGACUCCGAAUCAGAAGACCAGGAAAGAGAAAAUGAAAAAUCAGGUAGAAGAAGGAAAUCGGGGAAGGUGGUGAUUCGGAAUAUAAAUUACAUUAAUUCAAAGAAGCAAGAUCAUUCAGGAACAGAAUCUGAUGCUGAUGACCUUCAUGAAGAAGGGGCAAGAGAAUGUUACAAUGGUAAAGAGAGAGCAAUAGAAGGAAAAGAAGCUGACACUGGGGAUUGGCAGGCCUUUCAGACUUAUUUAUUGCAAGAUGCCGAUAGAGAUGAACGUACCAUUGACCAUAUGAUGGAAAAGGAGAUUACAGGGAAGAAGAGGCAAAGUACAGGGAAGUAUGAUCCUUUAGCACAUGAUGAACGUGAAUCAGGAAAAUAUCAAGAAAGGGAUACAGCUGAUAUUCGGAAUGGUAGUGUGACUCGUAGAAUCAGGGGAUCUAGUGACUCUUUCAUGGUUCACCAGAGAGAAAAUGGUUUUGUGAAUUCUUCUGAUCCUCUCAACUUGAAUGGAUUUGAUAAUCCAAGGAAUGGUCUGGAUAAGAGAUCAUCAUUUAACAUGGAUGAUGAUUCUUAUAUAGUUGCUCGGGGUUCUGCACCUCUAGAUGAAGCUGGAAGAAAUAAGAGAAAUGCCAUGGACAUCGGAUCAGAGAUCUCUCCAUGCCACCAAACUGAUGGAAAUGAAAGAAAGCAGGUCAAUUAUGAGCCUCAUGAUCUGAGUCUGAUACCAGAACGGGAAACAGAGAAGUUAUCAGCUGGGUAUGAUCCUGCACUAGAGUUUGGAUCCAAAGCUUUAAAGAAGAAUAACCUGGCAGCUGGAGGUGCUAAGAAGUUAGUGAAAGAUCCAAAAUCGAGAGUUUCUAAAGAUGCUGCAGAUAAGAGGAAGGCUCCGGGGCCAAUACGGAAAGGAAGACCGACAAAGAUGAGUCCUUUAGAUGAAGCAAGAGCACGUGCUGAUAAGCUUAGAAAUUUCAAAGCUGACCUCCAGAAAAUGAAAAAGGAGAAGGAAGAGGAAGAGAGGAAGCGCAUCGAAGGUCUGAAAAUAGAAAGGCAGAAGCGGAUUGCUUCUAAAAGCAACUCAGCUGUAGGUCAGUCACAGUUGCCUGCACAACAAACAAAAAAACAAAUUCUAAACAAGUUUUCUCCCGGCGCUCCUCGAGCCUCUAAGUUUAGUGACUCAGAACCAGGAUCAUCAUCACCUCUUCAACGUCUUACCAGAAGAACUGCUUCUUUAGGGUCAAAUGACUAUCAGAAAUUCCCCAAGAAUGGUAAACUGAGUACCAACAAGUCGGUUUCAAGGACAAGACGAUUAUCAGAACCAAAAAUGGGUAAUAAUAGUGCACCAAGUUCGUCAGUGAGGCCACGGCGCACAAUAGCAUCAAGAAAAGCAUCUGACGCUCCUGAGAUAAAGAAACUAUCUGCCAUUGUUAACUAUGAUAUAGCGAAAAUUGCAUCUCUCCCGGAACUGAAGAUAAAACCAAUCAAGGGUCCUACUAAUGUUAUGGUGAAAGGGGUCGAGAAAAUUAAGUCUUCAGCUUCUGAGAUUGAUCCAGGUAACAAGAACAAAUCCUUGUGCCAAAAUGAUAUUGAAGAAACUCCAGUGAUUGAGAAGACAAUAGUGAUGGUGUUGCCAAGUUCAGCUCGAAGUAUAAGUACAGAUCAGGUGAAACACGAGAAGUCUGAUGUAGUCUCUGAAAACUCCACCAUCCGUCAAGGAGUUGAUAAGGAAGCCAUUGAAACAAUGCAGGAGAGUGGCAAUGAUCUAGUCUUAGUUAGAUUGGAGACUCUGAGUGACUUAGUAACAGAAACACCAAAGUUUCUGACAAGUCAAAGUAUUGUUACGAAACCAUAUGAAGCUCCAUAUGCUCGUGUUUCUUCGUUAGAAGAUCCAUGUACAGUGUACUCAGACUGUUCCCAAGCACCACCACCAAGCUUAUAUUCAAAUGAGACAGAGCAAGAAACUGUCAAAGUCCUUAUUCCCGAGAAGAAGAUAAGUGACGCCUCGGAGAAAUCUCAAACGAAGGAGUCAGCGUCAAAAGGGCUCAGAAAACUAUUGAAAUUUGGAAAAAAGAGUCAGUCUUCUUCCGUAAGUGAACACUAUACCGAGUCUAAUAAUGCAUCUUUUAAUAGCAUCGAGGAUCAUGAACCAGCUGUAACCGCUGCCACGACAAGUGAAGCUUUUACAUUGAAGAACCUCAUAUCUCAAGACGAAACACCUACAGCAGCAGCCGCUUCACAGAAAUCUUCUCGCCAUUUUUCAAUACUGUCUCCCUUCAAGAACAAGAAGACAGUAUCCUGAGGACAAAAGAAUAGAUAAGCUUUGAAAGCUUGUAGUGACAGAGUAUUUAUGAUGUAUCCAAUAUCAAGCCUCUUCUGCAACAAUGUCAAAACACUACAAUUGAUGCAAACAUUUGGUUCCAAAUGCAAUGAAAUGUAUUUUUUUUU